AUUGGCCCUCCCUAGCUUGGCACUGCCCUGGGCCGGCUCUUGCCUCCAGCCAACCGGGAUUAGAAUCGGAAACUCAAGGUCUGGGUGAGCAGGAGAUGAAGAAGUCUGGGAGAAGCGUGAGCAGAGAAAGAGUCCAGCGAGUGUAAGCCCAGGAGAAGGGCCAGAGCGUUGGGGCGCAGCGGAUUUUGUACUGUGCGCCCAGGACACCAAAAGGGGUGCCCGGCUCUGCGUCCAGGGACAGGGGUCUGCGGCCAUGACCGAGGUUGCGGAGCCGAACGAGGGCGCCCGGGGUGCCCUAGGACCCCCUGACAUGCCGGAGGUGCAGGUGGAAAGCUCAGAGGCAGCGCGCCCGGAGGCGGAGCUGGAAGAGGCGAGCGCGGGCGCAGCAGGGGCCCACGGGGGCGAGGGGACGGGCGCAGCCCCGACGGCUUCGGGGCCGGAGGAAGGAGGCGCUGAGGUGGACGGAGGCCUUCUUCGCAGGGCCAGUGACCCAGACUCCGCGGUGCCGGGAGCCGGGGGUACCCAGGGCGAGGCGGAGACGGACGAGCGCGCCCCGGAGGACGCGCAGGGGCCCCGGGGAGGAGAGGAGGUGCGGGGCGCAGAGCAGGUGGAAGAGGAGAGCCCCGGGCGUAGCGAGCAAGGCGGGGCCCCAGAGGAAGUUCAGGGGGAGCCCGGGGACCCCAUAGCGGCGGUGGCGCAGGAGGAGGAGGAGGAGAAGGAGGAAGAGGAGGAGGAGAAAGAGAAGGAGCGCAGACCCGAGCAGGAGGCGAGCGGCGCUCCCGGGGCCGGGAUGGACUCGGAGGAGUCCGCGGGGUUCGGCGGAGACACCACCGAGGGAAUGCACCAGGAAAGCGAAUUCGGGGACCGAGGCGAUCCCAGUCCCCAGCCCCAAGACCAAGCAACCGAGGACGCGGGGUGCAGCCCCGGGGAGCCUUUGGGUGCAGCGGAGGAGGAGAGCGUGCAGGAGGAGGGCGCGGAGGGCGCGAGCGAGGACGGGGACCAGGGGGCACCCCCCGAGGAGACGCAGGAGGCAGAGCAGGGGGGUCUGGAGGGUCCUGGAGAGGAGGGGUCCCCCGAGGACAGCGGGGUUGUGGAGACGCCCGCAGUGGAGCCCCCCGAGGCUGCGGAGCCCGAGGUCAAGUUCAGCAACCACCUGGCCGAGGAACAGGCGCCGGUCAACGGGCCCCGCGCGGCCGGGGAGGCGCUAGAGGAGGGCGCGGCGGGCCUGGAGCACGAUAUCACCCUCUUCGUGAAGGCUGGUUAUGAUGGUGAAAGUAUUGGAAAUUGUCCAUUUUCUCAGCGACUCUUUAUGAUUCUCUGGCUCAAAGGUGUUAUAUUUAAUGUGACAACAGUGGACCUGAAAAGGAAGCCCGCUGAUCUGCAGAACCUGGCCCCGGGAACAAACCCCCCAUUCAUGACUUUCGAUGGUGAAGUUAAGACGGACGUGAACAAGAUAGAGGAGUUCUUGGAGGAGAAGCUAACUCCCCCAAAGUACCCAAAGCUGGGGACCCAACACCCAGAAUCGAACUCAGCAGGAAAUGAUGUGUUUGCCAAAUUUUCAGCAUUUAUAAAGAACACCAACAAGGAUGCAAAUGACAUUUAUGAAAAGAACCUUCUAAGGGCCCUGAAGAAGCUGGAUAAUUAUCUAAACAGCCCACUGCCUGACGAGAUAGAUGCCUACAGCCCUGAGGAUGUGGCUGUUUCUGGGCGGAAGUUUCUGGAUGGGAAUGAACUCACGCUAGCAGACUGUAACCUGCUACCCAAACUCCACAUCAUCAAGAUUGUGGCCAAGCGAUACCGAGAUUUCGAAUUUCCUCCAGAAAUGACGGGCAUCUGGAGAUACUUGAACAAUGCAUACGCAAGGGAUGAAUUCACAAACACAUGUCCGGCUGACCAGGAGAUUGAACAUGCAUAUUCAGAUGUUGCAAAAAGAAUGAAGUAAAGCCAGGGAGUGUUGACUGUUCUGUGUCUCAGUUGUAUGAGCUAGGCUAGGAAAGGAGGGUUUUCUUCAUGCUGUCCUCUCCCAAAACAUCCUAUGCAAAAAUAAUGCCCAUGUUUUAACAAUUAGUUAUUUUUUACGGGCUACACUCAAGGCCAGAUGAUAACUAGAGACCUUGUAAUUUGUUAACUAAUGUAUGCUGGAACAAUAUCAGUGGUGAUUGUUAUAUACACCUAUGGUCAGGUGUAUGGUAAUUUAUGCCCUUGGCAUUUGUUGAUGGAAAUCCACACUAUUUAGGGCAUUUUCUUUGUUGUUUGGGUUUCAGAGCUAAUUAGGUUAGGGUUCAAAAUUCUUCUUCAAUUAAGAAAAAGUAUCUGUCUCAGAUAGUUUUCAAAAUUAUACCUAGUCUGUUUUUCUCUUCAAAGGUAGUUUAUAUUGGGAAUGAAAAACAGCUUUAUAAUUAUAAAAUAA